UUGUGACGCUCCAGCGCGCCGAGAAGGGGAGGGGACAGCCCGCGCCCCGCCUGGCCUCUUCCGCCGCCGCCGUGGGAAUGGAAACAUCUACCCCACGUACCGGAAGCCAGCUCGCGCAGACGGCGGCGCGCCACUCCGCGUCCUCCCGCGGCGAAGCCCCGCGGGUGUCAUCGCGAGACGAGCUCGCCGAAAUGGCUGCCGCCAGUCAAGGAAACUUUGAGGGAAAGUUUGAGUCACUGGACCUUGCAGAACUUGCUAAAAAGCAGCCAUGGUGGCGCACGCUGUUUGGGCAGGAAUCUGGGCCUUCAGCCGAAAAGUAUAGUGUGGCAACCCAGCUGUUAAUUGGAGGUGUCACUGGAUGGUGCACGGGUUUCAUAUUCCAGAAGGUUGGAAAACUGGCUGCAACGGCUGUGGGAGGUGGAUUUUUUCUGCUUCAGCUUGCAAACCAUACUGGCUACAUCAAAGUGGACUGGCAGCGUGUAGAGAAGGACAUGAAAAAGGCCAAAGAACAGCUGAAGAUCCGCAAGAGCAACCAGAUACCUACAGAGGUCAAGAGCAAAGCAGAGGAGGUGGUGUCGUUUGUGAAGAAGAACGUUCUAGUGACUGGUGGCUUUUUCGGAGGCUUUCUGCUGGGCAUGGCGUCCUAGAGGGGAUGACUUCACCACCAUUAGUCCUAGCUUUGCCAACCAGCAGCCUCUUCCCUCCACCCUAGGACAGCAAACUCCUCCUCUUCCUCCUCCCUGCCAUGGCGUAUCUGAGUGGCUUCUGUAGGCAUCUGGUGAUUCAAGUUGGGAACGGCCCCACUGUGAGCUUGACGGCAAUGGAAGAGACUGUAGACGUUAGCACUUAUCUAGCACACUCCCCCAGGACUAAUCUGUAGGUCAGCAAGUAUAUUCCUUUCUCGCGUAAGAUACUUAUCAGAACAUAGGACAAGAUGACAACGCCAAGUGGAUCUUCAAAGGUUGCCUCACACUUGAUUUGGAAAAGACAUCGCAAGCAUAUAAGAUACCUCAUUAAGUUUUGCAUGGAAAGGAACUGAAUACACUGGCCUUUAAGCAUGAAAGAUUUUGCAAUUGUGGUGUCUACUUUCUGUUUUAGUAUAUUUGAGAUUACAGAAAGAGAACUACUCUUAGUGUGCGACAGUUGAAAAAUCCGAAUAUGGAAUGACCUUGUCCUAAAGUGACAUACGAUGAGCUGAAGCUGUGUUUGGUGGGAAGGCCUUUGGGGAAACCAAGCAGUUGAUAACAUUUAGGAUGGUCAGACUUAGUGAAUCAUUUAAAGGCAUUCAGAUAUUAUCUAGGGAUGUUUACACUACACAGGGUAGUGGCUGUUUCCAAAGGUUUGUUGAUGGUAAAAUAAGUGACUUUAGGUGUAAGAGGGAAGAAGCUCUUGGGUGUUUAUUUAAUAGAAAGGGUUUAAAGCUUUGAACUUUUGUUUACUUCCGGUCAAAACGUCAGGGGUAACCAGUAGCUCCUCUGUGUCAAUUCUAUUUCUUUAUCCAGAGUUUUAAAAUGGUGGCAUUUCCAAGCAUUAAAAGUUUAGAACAGUAGCAUCAAAGGUAUCUACUGUCUCAUGAUGACCCCAAUUCUUUGAACUUAUCUUUAGAAUUCAAGUUUAUACACACACCCAUCCUUAGAAACAAGUCAUUUUUCUGUAAUGGCCUUUUACCAUAUCUGGAAUAUCCAGUGCAGAAAGGCAAGGCUGUGUUUUCACCAUUGUAUACAUGGAGUCAAGCACUUAGUAGAUACUCAGUCUGUUGAAUAUAUGAGUAAUGAGGUCAUAGAAAAGUAUGUGGAAAAUGGAGUGAUCAGGAUUUUUGAGACUUGACAAGUUCUGAGAAUGCUGAAAACUUGGAAUUCUUAAACUUGUAGGUGAUCCCUUGCAAAAUGUAUGUUUUCAGUGCCCUCCUUUUAAAAUGUUUGCCUUUUAACUUGAAUUUGGAAAUUGUAGCUACUAGCAGAUGUGUGGAAUUUUUUAGAAUUCAUCCGUUUGCAUUUUUCUCCUUAUUGUAAUAUUUUAAGGCAACAUUAAGUAGUUUUGCUUGUAACAUGUGGAUUAUAUACAAAUCAUAAUGGUGUGAGCCACAUUGUCCUAUAUUUUUGUAUAAGAACUCAAAAAUUUUUCACUUUUUCUUAUGCUCAGACAUAUGUAAACAUACAAAUGUUCAAAUAUAUAUGAAAGUACAGUGACCCCCAUGGACCCACCACCCACCUAUAAUGAUCAUCAAAAUACAGGUUGUUUUAUCAGUGGCUUUGAAACAAA